AGUUUACCAAGCCGAAAAUCAGCCAGCCAGAUGAUACGCGAUGAUCUCCUAAAAAAAUGACCGUGAUCUGCCGCAAGAAUCUGCCCGACACAAUGACCACGAGCAGGCGACCCUCGGUGGUAUGGCUCACGUAAACGAGCGUGAUUUUGGUUUUUCUUUGGUUACUUGUUUGUUGACGGCGGCGGCUGACACAUUUAUUGGGGCGCAGAGCAGAUCACGCAGACAAAGGGAAAAGGCUUUCAUAGCGAGAAUGCUUCGGGCCUAAAAGAAGCCAAGAGGAAAUACAGCAGAAGCAGCAGCAGAGACGAUUGAAGCGUGAAAGCUGCCAAAUCAAGAAAAGUCUGCCUCAAAGUGGACGGUACAGACCAGAGCGAGCCCUAGCUGGAAAAAGAACCAUCAAGUUGUCUGGAAUUUUCCCUCAAUCCUCUUCCAAUGGUUCAUUGGUUGAGGCCAUGGCCUCUCAGUCAGGCAACAUGAACCGUGAAGACCGGAAUGUGCUCCGUAUGAAAGAAAGGGAAAGGAGAAAUCAAGAAAUCCAGCAGGGAGGAGAGGCCUUUCCAGCUAACUCCCCCCUCUUUCCUGAACCUUAUAAAGUUGCCAAGGAAGAUAAACUCUCAAGUCGCAUCCAGAGCAUGCUGGGAAAUUACGACGAGAUGAAGGAAACCAUCGGUGAACCGCCAAUGUCCAAGCUCAUUUCCAAAGCUUCCAGCUCUUCCUCCGAGGACAAAUCUGGCCAGUAUGGCUCACAGACUCAGAACAGCAAGUGGACCCCGGUGGGUCCGGCUUCAGGAGGCGGCAUCUCUUCAUUGUCUUCUCAGAAACGCUCGUCUGUGCCGAGCGGCAGCCAGAGGAGCAGCUCCAGCGGCCAGCGGCACGAGCGGGACUACAGCGGCAGCAAGAAAUCCAGCAAGCACAGCAACGAGCACAAGUCCCACUCCAGUUCCAGCCCGGCCAAAGUGUCCAGCAACCACUCGCGCCGCACCAAGUCCCCCAGAGAUAGAGAGGCCAACUGGGACUCGCCCUCCAUCCCGCAUUCCUUUCCCAGUGGACAUCCCAACCAAACCUUCCCACCCUCACUCAUCAAAUCCACCUCCAUGCCCCAGAAGCCCACCGCUUACGUUCGGCCCAUGGACGGCCAGGAGACGACCGAGGCCAAGACUGCUUCGGAUUCAUACAGUGGCCAAUCACACAGCAGCACUGUUGGAGAAAUGAAGACCAAUGGAAAGACCUCGCUCACCAAGCUCAAGAUCCCAACCCAGCCUCCAGAGACGGGAGAUGCGAGCUGUGUUGAUGAAAUUUUAAAGGAAAUGACUCAGGUCUGGCCUCCUCCAUUAACAGCCAUUCACACCCCCUGCAAGACGGAGCCGCCUUCCAAAUUCCCCUUCUCCAACGCUAAGGAUGCCCAGCACCAGUCUGUUGGGGCUCAAAAAAAGUUCUCAGGGAAGAGCGCAUCAACCAGUCACCCGUCAAAGCCAUGUGACAGUGAGCAGUCCAAGAUGCUUCAUGAUGAUCUUAAGCUCAGCAGCAGUGAAGACAGUGACGGAGAGCAAGAUCCUGCCAAAAACACCCCUCAAAACAACUCAACAAGUAACAACAGUAAUAACAGUGAGGGAGCGGAGCGAGAGGACACCAGCAGUCACAGUGGCUCCGAGAGCAGCUCCGGGUCCGACAGCGAGAGCGAGAGCAGCUCCACUGACAGCGAGACAACCGAACCGCCACGAGCUGCGUCCCCCGAGCGGGAACAGCCCACGGCUAACAAAUGGCUUCUGGACAACUGGUUAAAUAAGGUCAACAAGCUCUCUCCUGCUUCUCCGGUGGAAAACAGCAACAGCAGCACGCCGGGAACCAAGUAUAAGAAGGAGGGUCGAGAUACCAGCUCCAGCAGGAGCUACAGUGGGCAGGGGUCUAAAGAAACUGCAACGUCAGCCGGCCGAGAGCUGCGGCCCAAUCAGAAGAGCUCCGAAAGCUGGCGAGGACGCAGUCAGAAAUCUCCUGCUCAGAGCGAGGGCGCAAGUCAGUCCGGGCGACGGGUCGUAGGCAAAAAACAGCCCAAAAAACCUGAGAAGCCACCAGUGGUUGAAGAGCCCAAGGGUGGACUUAAAGUUGAAACUGAGCCAUCGCCUGAAAUCCCGUCACAUAGAGCUCGCGCUCCCAAUAAAGGCCCGCGCAAACCCAACAUCAAAAAAGAGCCCAAAACCUCCUCUCCUCGACCUCCGCCUGACAAGCGCAAGACGAAAGCGGCAAAAGUGCCCAGCAAGUCUCGCGAGUUCAUUGAAUCGGAUUCGUCGACGUCGGAUUCUGAAGGCAACGAAAGCGACCCGUUGUCUUCGCAGACGCCGAAAGAUUACAGCGAAAACCCCUUGGUGCCACUCUCCAAUGUGGUUUCGCCCAUUUAUGACCCGCCCAGACUGCUGGUGCAGAUCAACCUCAGCCUGCUGACCAGAAUCCCGGGACGACUCUACAAUGAAACGGAGGUUAAGGUGGAGCGAGGGUCUCCGGCAGAGGGAAAAAGCAGCCAGAAGCAGCCCGGAGAAAAGAUAACCAGCAAGGAAGGAAGGAAGAGGAAACACAAGAAUGAAGACGAUGGUGUGAAACCAGAGAGUAAGAAGUCCAAACUGGAUGAGAAGUCUUCACGCAAAUCAAGCAGUAAUGAAUCUUCCAAGCGCGCUCCGGAAAAAGAGAAGGAGUCUGCGCCGUCUCCCUCCAUCACACUGCAGCGGACGCCCAAAUCUGAGCAGCAGGGACGCAAGCGGACCCUCAGCCAGUCCUCCAGCACAGUCACCAGCAAAGACAAGAGCAGCUCCAGCUCCAGACACCGCAGAGGAGACGACAAACCCCAGCGCAGGGAGGCCAAGGAGAAAAGCUCUAAAACGGAGAAUCCAGUUUCGGUGCCACCGCUCUCUGAGGGCUCCAAAUCUAGAUCUAAGCUCCUGUUUGAGGACAGGGUUCAUUCGGCUGACCAUUACCUUCAAGAAGCCAAGAAGCUGAAACACAAUGCGGAUGCUCUGGUGAGGAUGGACAGAUUUGAGAAGGCGGUGUAUUACCUGGACGCUGUGGUGUCUUUCAUUGAGUGUGGAAACGCCCUGGAGAAAAACGCCCAGGAGGCCAAAUCCCCCUUCCCCAUGUAUGCAGAAACCGUGGAGCUCAUCAAGUACACUAUGAAGCUAAAGAGCUACAUGGCACCAGAUGCGACCUCUCAAGACAAAAGGCUAGCAGUGCUAUGUCUUCGGUGUCAAGCGCUCCUGUAUUUGAGGCUUUUCAAGCUACGGAAAGAAAGUGCACUGAAAUACUCUAAAACACUCACUGAACACUUGAAGAAUUCAUUGAGUAAUACUCAAGCUCCAUCUCCUGGAGUAGCAAAUAAAAGCGCAGGGAUGCCGUCUCCAGUCUCUCCCAAACUCUCUCCUGGCAGUGCGGGCAGCUACUCCUCCAGCAGCUCCAGCCAAAGCGCCAGCUCCUCAGUCACCAUCCCGCAGCGCAUCCACCAGAUGGCGGCAAGCUACGUGCAGGUCACCUCCAACUUCCUGUACGCCACCGAGGUGUGGGACCAGGCCGAGCAGCUCGCCAAAGAGCAGAAAGAGUUCUUCACUGAGCUGGACAAGGCGAUGAGUCCGCUGAUCUUCAACACCAGCAGCAUGACUGACCUGGUGCGGUUCACGCGGCAGGGCCUGCACUGGCUACGACUGGACGCCAAGCUCAUCCAGUAGAGCGCUUUAACCUGUAGCCCCUUUUUCUAUGCCUACGCAAAACACUCACGCACACACACACACACACACACACACGCACUCGACCUGCCUCAGACAUCUGUGACACUGUGCUCAUUUCUACACCAGCUUGCCAAAAAUACGAAACACUCAGAUCCCCGCCCCUUCCCCCACCCCCUCUCUGCUCCGCUCGUGAAUAUUCAUGAAGGGGGAGGCGGCUUAACCAACAUGCCCACACACUCUGCGUCCUGGUCAAUAUCAUCGGCUUGUUUUUUUGGGUAUAAAAAGCCUUGUUUUAUACUUUUGACUUAUUUUUGCUGGCUGUAAGCAAACAAGGAUAAUAAUUGGAUGUUUAUGGCGCUUUCUUUUAACCAAAGUACCUCCCUUUUACCAAAGGUGCUUUAAAAUUGAGGUUUUCUCUCCUUGUUAUCAGUUUUAUUGUGCCUUGUAUUUGAUAUACAGGAAACUAAGAGACACAAUAUCUUGACGUACACAUCGAGGAAGGUUAAAGUGAGGGUGUGGAUCGCCGAAGGCUUGAAAAACGAGAAGAACAUCUGAGGCUUUUUAUUGUUUGUUUGUAUGUUUGGUCAGACCAAAAGACUGUUCGGCACCAUAUCAAGGCAUUACCGUGUUCGCUUUGGUUUUACAGCCUGUCGUAUAUCUGUAUUCGUCACUACCGCAAACACCCAGGCCACGAUUUUAUUUUAUUAUAAUUCUUUUCUAAAGGAAAUGUAGCGCUCGCAUCGGUGUCACUUUUUCUUCUGGUAUUAAAAACGCAGGAGUAUUUUAUUACCGCGGUCGACUCGCUCGGCCAGAUAUAGAUUUUUAUUUAGAUAUAAACGCAUAAAUCCAAGUUUUCCGCAUUUCUUCGGCAUGGAUACAGGGUUGCAAUACGAGAUGAGAGACGUAUUUCUAUUGUAUAUGAAAAUAUCAUAUUUAAAUAUUUAAUGUGAGUCUUGAGGUUGCCUUUUCUAGUGUCAUAGUCGCCCCGUGUGUUGCAGUUCUUUUUAAAAGGAAACCAGUCAUGUAAGGAUGUAUUUAUGAUGUGUACUGUCGCAAAUAGCAGUCUAUGUGUGUACAUAUUGCAGUCGUUUUAGCGCAGGCCGGCUCGUAUCCAUACGCAAGGUGUAGAUCGGAUCCAAAACCAUGGGUGGAGUUGAUUGCGCUCAAUGGUGGAUGAAAUGCUGGAAACAUAUCGUCUCUUGCACUAGAGUCUUUUAUCUGAUUGGCUUUUUUCUUUUUUUUUGUUUGUUAAUCUGUGUUAUGAUUUGGAAACAAGGUGUCCUGUCGAUGGGAAUCGCAGUAUUUGACUAUUAAUUGGACCUCUGUUUUGCAGAUUAAAUGUUUGAGAUUUGAUCAGUCGAGAAACAUUCUGUAAUAGGGCUGAGGUUUGUUAAAGGAACACUCAACUUAUUUUGGAUAAAUUAACUCGUUUUACAUCUCAAAAACAGUUAAACUGUUGAGUUUUAUAAUUUUUGAAUCCAUUCAGCCAAUAUUUGGGUCUGGCGGGAGCACUUUUAGCUUAGCUUAGCAUAGAUCAUUGAAUUGGAUUAGACCGUUAGCAUCUUCUUGAGUUAUAUCGUUAGAUUGCAUUUUCCAUCUGUCUGUAACUACAGAAGAGUCUAGAUUUAAAUAAGAAAUUAUCAAAAAUCUUUUUUUUUUUUUUUUUUUGUUACGUUUUUGAGCGAGAUGCUAAUGGUCUAAUCUGAUUCAAUAAAUCUAUGCUAAGCUAGAAAGCUAAAAAUGGCUUUUUGUGUGGAAAAAAACUAUUUUUACCUCUCAACCACAGUUUAACUGUUUAGUUUUAUAAUUUUUGAAUCCAUUCAGCCGAUCUUUGGGUCUGGAGGGAGCACUUUUAGCUUAGCUUAGCAUAGUUCAUUAAAUCGGAUUAGACCGUUAGCAUCUUUUAGAGUUGUAUCGUUACAUUGCAUUUUCCGUCUGUCUGUAACUACAGAAUAGUCAAGAUUUAAAUAAAAAAAUUAUCAAAAAUCUUUUCUUUUUUUUACGUUUUUGAGCGAGAUGCUAAUGGUCUAAUCCGAUUCAAUGAUCUAUGCUAAGCUAAAAGCUAAAAAUGCCUUUUUUGUGUGGAAAUAAACUCAUUUUACAUCUCAACCACAGUUUAACUGUUUAGUUUUAUCAUUUUUUAAUCCAUUCAGCCGAUCUUUGGGUCUGGAGGGAGCACUUUUAGCUUAGCUUAGCAUAGUUCAUUAAAUCAGAUUAGACCGUUAGCAUCUCAGAAAUGACCAAAGAGUUUUGAUGAUUUUCCUAUUUAAAGCUUGACUCUUCUAGAGUUACAUCAUGUACUAACACCAACGGAAUAUGAGAAGUUUCUAUAUUUCUAGGCCGGUAUGGAUAGGGUAACUAGAUACUUUGUUGCUGUACCAUGGCUUUUAUGUUGUGCUUGAAAAUAGCAACUUUACAUUUUCCGUCGGUCUGUAACUACGGAAGAGUCCAGAUUCAAAUAGGAAAAUGAUCAAAACUCCUUUUUUUUUUUUUUUUUUUUUUUUUGAACGAGAUGCUAAUGGUCUAAUCUGAUUCAAUGAUCUAUGCUAAGCUAAGCUAAAAGUGCUUUUUGUGUGCAGAUAAACUCAUUUUACGUCUCAACCACAGUUAAACUGUUGAGUUGUAUCAUUUUUUAAUCCAUUCAGCCGGUCUUUGGGUCUGGCGAGAGCACUUUUAGCUUAGCAUAGUUCAUUGAAUGGUAUUAGACUAUUAACGUCUCGUUUAAAAAUGACCAAAGAGUUUCAAUAAUUUUCAUAUUUAAAGCUUGACUCUUCUAGAGUUACAUUGUGUACUAAGACCAACGGAAAAUGAGAAGUUACUAUAUUUAUAGGCCAAUAUGGAUGUCAACUAGGAACUUUUGUUGCAGUACCAUGGCUGCAGCAGGGGCUUUUUUAACAGUUUUAAGCAAGAUGCUAAUGGUCUAAUCCGAUUCAGUGAUCUACGCUAAGCUAAGCUAAAAGUGCUCCCGCCAGACCCGGAGAUAGGCUGAAUGGAUUAAAAAAAAAUAAAAAACUUAAACCAUUUUACGCUAUAAGACAUGUAAAAUAAGUGUAUUUACAAAAUAAAAGUGGAGUGUUCUUUUUUUAAAGAGAGAGUUCACCCAAAAAUGAAAGAGUUCAUGUCAGUUUACUCGCCCUCCGGCCAUCCAAAAUUAAGAGUUUGUUUUUUUUAGGUCAAACUGUUGUCAAUAGUAAUUCAUGUAAAGCCAGUUAGUGAUAUUUUGAGUCAAAAACACAGAGGGAGAGUUCACACCCAAAAUGAAAAUAUGCAUCAUUUCCUAUUCUCCACCUGUUUUAAAACCUGUGUGAGCUUCUUCUGUUAAACACAAAGGAAGAUAUACUGAAGAAUGCUGCAAGUAGUCCUGUUGUGUUCCAACUAUAAAUACCAUAGGCUGCUCUUUUCCCUCAACAUUCUUCAAAAUAUCUUCUUUUGUGUUCACCUGAAGAUAGAAAUUCCAGAAAGCACUUGAACGUGAAUAAAUGAGGACCAUUUUCACUUUUGGGAUGAACUACCCCUUUAAUGAAGAGAAACUGAACAUUAUUACAGCAUCAUUACCCUUUAAGUCAUGCCAAAAUGUUGAACAUCUCUUCAAAUUCACGCACUCCUGUGGUGCACAGGGACGUAAUCUCACUCUUAAACUGGGUUCACCAUUCAUUAUAAGCACAAAUAUCAUUCCGAUGAUCAAAACGACACCCUUUCCUGUCUGUUGUAAAUUAUAUUGUAGUUUAUCCCGCAGAAACUUCACACUCGCACUCAAUAACGCACAACAGUUUUGAAUUAAACGUAAUCGCGCUCAUAAACGAUGUUCAUUUUGCGUCAUGAGUGUCAUUAGAUCAUUAGAAGCCACGUGUGUUAAUUUCGUGUUGCCUGUAUGUGUUAUUAUUCGACUCUAAAAGUAUCUGAU